GCAAAAAACAAAAAAUUGCGGUUAUUCGUUUGCUUCGUAGUUUCUUGGGAAUCGUUCAAAUUGACAAUGAUGAUUUGAUCACUUCCCUGUAGUUUUUCCAUAGGUUGCUGUUUGCACUGGACCGAUUUUAUCCAAACUAUUUUUCGUGUACGAGUACGAGUAGUACUUUAACUGGCAAAGUUGUCAACGAACAGAAGAGAAAUCCUUGAUUUCUGGUUUUUUUCGUCCUUUGACUUUUAUUUUCCCAGAUUCGGAUAUGCUGCCGAAUCCCAUCGUGCGACGUUGUUUUCGUGGAUUACUUUUCCAAAACACUCGGCAGUGUGCUGAUUGACUGACUGAGCUCUGGUUGCAUUGGUUUCAUUGGUUUGCAAACUAUAUGAAAUGGAGAAUUCAGAUUCUUUUUUUGGAUUUGAUACGCGGCUGCCGGAAGAUGCGGAGAGAGACUCCAUAGGCAGUCCGGAGAACUUUGAUUUUCAGCUGACCAAUCUUGCUUCGCUGCAGCUCGACGAUAGUGUCACGAGUGUGCCGGACGUUUCGGAAGCAGGAAAAACAUCUGGCUCCGAUCCAUGGCGGUCCGCAGCCGCUGAACUGGACAAAAUCGCCACCGGAAAAUUCUUUUCCGAUUCUCGUAGUUCCCCGUCCAGCUACCUUACUGAUCUGCGAUCAAGCAAUUCCGGCUACACGUCCUUGGAUGCUGACUGGCGCAAGAGCUCACCCAAGCCGACGGGCGAACGAGAUAUCGAAGAGAAUUUGGCGGAUACCCUUGCACGUAUGAUCGACGAGGAUUCCUUCUCCUCUGCAAGGAUUGAGCGCAAUUAUAUGGAUCCUUUUGAGGGGGAGUUCGUAAAUGACCGUACUCCUGAUGCACCGCCCAGUAGCCGCAUUGAUUCCUUUUCUCCGUGGGGAUCGACUGGCUCGUUCGCCACUCUUGGUGACUCUUGGUCAAAACGAGAGAGCGUUGUCCAUCCAACACUGGUUAACUCACAGUCUUCUCCUGCAAUUCCAACUGCUGCUGUCAGUGGAGCUCAGGAUGCUUCGUCCAAACCCAAUGUCGUGAGAAAAGUGAUGACUUUAGAGGAACUGGAAGGAAUGAUAUUGCCAAAAAGCCACGACGGUGAAAAGAAAGAUAUGGAACGGUCCAUACAAUCUCCCGUGCGCCUUCCGUUACAUCCGCAUGAACCACCAAGAGGAGCUCUGAGAACUAUCAGCAACCUUCCAUAUGGUUUGAAUAUUCCCACUCCUACCGGCACGCCGGGCCCUGAUGGGCGAUAUGCUCCCUUCGAUAUGGGUGUACCUCUCCAACAGCGGGAUGGCCAGUUUUUCAUGCCUCCGUCUGCUCAUUUGCGUUACCCUCCUGGCAUGCCGCAGCCGCCUCUUCCCCACGCAGUGCCUCACAAUGCUCGAUUCCCUGCUCGGCCGCAGUAUCAGUAUUAUCAGUCGCGCGUGUUUGAGAACGCCAACCAUGCUCAGAUGAUGCGUAUGCAGAAUGGAGGCAUGGGGCAAGCACGGUCACCCCUGCCGCAGUGGAUGCCGGGACACCACCAAAUGCGCGGAAUGAGACCAAUGCCUAUGAAUCGGUUCCAUCCGCAAACGAACAAAGGAAUGCCUAUGCAUAAUCAGUACAUGAUGCGCAUGCCUCAGUAUGGAAUAGAGAAUUAUGACCCUGAAGAAGAGAACUGCGGAUGGAUGACUGAACGGGAAAAAGAGUGGGUCAUUAAAGUGCAGCAGUCACAAGUCAAAACCGAAAACCCGUAUUUGGAUGACUACUAUUAUUACGUGCGCUCUCUAAAGAGAUCCUUAAAAGAUAGCGGCAAACAGCAUUUACUGAAUGAGGAUUUCAUUUUUCCUGCGCGUGCUGCUAACGAGCCAAAAGAAGAACGACCAAAUUUUUUUGAGGGUUCGCUGGGAAAGGUUUGCAUAUCGAGUGUAUUUAAUCCCCGCAAAACUGUGGAUGUCGAUCCCGUUAACAUUGCCAAAACCCGUCCGCCGCCGACGAAUCAGAAGCGUCGAUGGUUUGUGGAUCCUCUACAGAAAGAAAAAGGUUAUUCGAAGGGAUUGCUCUUAGGCAUUGAGGACUUAUAUAAGCUCAUCCUAGAGUUUCAAGAUUUCUCCCGGGAGAUGGCCGCACUUCCGGCUGAUCAACGGGAAGAGAACUUGGAAACGCGGCGCAACAUUGUUAACCUGAUUUUUGACAAAUUAAUUCAGGGCACUAGCCCUGAUGCCCGAGCGCGUAACUUUUCCGAAACUUUGAAAAUUCGCAAAGGACGAGAACUGGUGCGGCGUGCAAUGCCCGUUUUAUUCAAAGAGCAGAUUGUUAUUCUUACCGGAUAUUUUGUUCGUGCUUUGCCAGUUCUUGUCGAACCUCUCGUCGACGCGCACGAGGGAUUUUUCUGGUGUCUCACCGUUAUUGGAGAAUGUGUUCGUUCUGUGAAGUUUGCAUCGCUCGUGGACAUGAUUCUGCCGUUGGUCGAAGCGAAGCACGGCAUGCUGGAUACUGCGUACAGUGGACAUAGUAUUCUUGGACUAGCUGUUAAAUGCCGGUUUGCUUCCAACUUCUUAUCUUUACUGAUUGCUCAAGCCGAGCGAUGUCAUCAGGCAGAGUGGGAAGAUUUGGAGCCGGAAGAGAAAAAUAAAUGGACGUUGUUCAUUACCUACUAUCUGAUUUCCCUUUCGAAAACUGAUUCGUCGGAUGUCGCCACAAUUUCGGAUCCUGAGGUGUAUUUGGCAGUUUCAGUUCACAUUGGACGCUUUCCUUUUUCCGCUGAUCAGAUUGAAGGGUGCCGUGAAAAACUUCGGAACCGCGAUUGAUUCAUUACUUCGAACUUGCAAUGGAAUUUGAGCUUUUUUUGGCCUGUCAGGAUGGAUAGUGAAUGUUUUAUGUUUGGCGAUAGUGGUAAUAUAUCUUUAACUUUCUGUUUUCGUUUUUAAUUAAGUACCUAUACGCAUUUCGUCACAGUUUGCGGAUGUCGCUACAUUAAUGUUAGGCCGGCCUCCAGAAUUUUUAUUUAAAUUUGGAAACUUUGUUUGUUGGAUAUUUGCACUGUGAAUAAUUUGAUUCGCUUUGGUCUGUUUUAAAGUUCUCUGUUCUUUCAGAUGGUUUUAUAAGUUUUUUUUGUUUGGCCGCUUAUACACAGCCCGUUUCACGCAUUGCGUAUCACAUCUGUGAAACUGUGCCAGCUAAAUUAAUCGUUGAUUGAUUGAAUUAUGAGUAAUUUGACCGUGCAAUGUUUUCGGUUAAGUAAUAAUGUGGGAAUGGAUGUUUGAAAAUGAAAAAUGAGAUUCCAGA